AUGCGAAUAAAGUUAGCCUUAUGGAUUAUAACGCUGUGGGCCGCCCUCGUGGCGGCCACAGCUAAGGGGUGUUUAGACCGGCACACGGUAGAGUGUGCCGGUGGACGACAGGAGCUGCUGGCGUUGUCCAGCAGCAUCCUGGAGGACAGGCGGGUCCUCACCGACGAGGUAACCCGCCUGAAGGAAGAACUGGAGGACGCCCAGCAGGGCAACCUCAGGCUGAGUGAAAAACACUCAGACGUCCUGAGGGAGCACCUGCAGGUCCUGGGCGACCUCCAGUUGUUGCGGCAGGAGCGCGCUGCUCUACAACAGGAGCGCGCGCUCCUGCACGAGAAGCAGGUGACUCUGCUCGCCGAGCAUGAGGACCUGCGCCAGGAACAUGCGGCCCUGCUUCACAAGCACGAGGCCCUGCUCCAGGUGCAUGAGUCCCUGCAGACGCAGCAUGAGACCCUGCGAAAUGACCACGCUGAAGAGCUACCGGGCGUGCACCAAGAACUGCACAGUCUCCGGGAGCUGCACGAUCGCCUGAGGCAGGACCACCUCCGGCUGCAGGACACGAAAGAGAGCCUGCUAGAUGAUAUGGAUGAAAUGGCCAACAUCAACCAUCAAAUGGCCGAAGGAAUGAAGGACAUCAUAGUAGAAUGCCGCAGAACACAAGAGGAGACGAAACAUCAUGUCCAGUCUCUUGUGUUGAGGACAGCUAAUGAGAAGGAAAGGGCCUUAAUGGAGGCCCAAGAAAAGUACGAUAGGCUAAUGGAAGAAAGGAAUGCAAUGAAAGAACAACUGGCUAUUACGGUGAAGGACAAUGAACGAGCUGAGAAAGAAAUGAAAUGCUUGACAGAGAUUGCAGAGACAGAAAAGCAAGAUGUCAAUGUCGCUAGGACAGCAAGACACGAAUGGUAUAAAACUAAAGAGACAGUGUUGCAACAUAUUGAGUCUCUGGAAGUCAAGGUAGAGAUAGAGAAAAAGAAGCUGAUGCAAGACGCGGAACAGAAGGAAAGCUUAAGCAUGACUGACACAGUAGCUGAGAACGAGACUCAUGAGACAGAAAACCGUUCCCAGGAACAUGAAGGAGGCUUCCAUCAGCCUAAAAGCCUGGUCCUUGGAGAACAAGAACAAGAGUCUCAGGAAAGUAGCCAGCAGGCCAGUGAACACGCAGAGAGGCUGGCAAAUGCUGUGAAUGAUCAGAUGUGGAAGCAUGAAAGAUUAUUGCUGGGAUUGCAGAAGAAUGACACAAAGGAAAGAGACGUGACACAGAAAAGGAAACGUAAAAGAAAAAUCGCAGAGAAGGAGCCUUGGGAAAGUAGCCAGCAGGCCAGUGAACACGCAGAGAGGCUGGCAAAUGCUGUGAAUGAUCAGAUGUGGAAGCAUGAAAGAUUAUUGCUGGGAUUGCAGAAGAAUGACAAAAGGAAAGAAACGUGACACAGAAAAGAAAAUGUAAAAGAAAAAUCGCAGAGAAGGAGCCUUGGGAAAGUAGCCAGCAGGCCAGUGAACACGCAGAGAGGCUGGCAAAUGCAGUGAAUGAGCAGAUAAUGAAACAGGAAAGAUUAAUGCUGAGACUGGAGAAGAAUGACACAAAGGAAGGAGACGCGAUACAGGAGAUGAAACCCCAAAGAAGAAGUACGGAAAGGAGUGAGUUAUGAAUCGCCUGAGAGGCAAAAAAAAAAAAAAAAAAAAAAAAAAAAAAAAAAAAAAAUCGUUUAUUAGGACUUGGAGGUCGCCGUUUUGAUUGUGAGGACAUGGAGGUCAAGAUUUAUAUGUUAUGAUUUGGAGGUCGCCGUUUUGAUUGUGAGGACAUGGAGGUCAAGAUUUAUAUGUUAUGAUUUGGAGGUCGCCGUUUUGUUUGUGAGGACAUGGAGGUCAAGAUUUAUAUGUUAUGAUUUGGAGGUCGCCGUUUUGUUUGUGAGGACAUGGAGGUCAAGAUUUAUAUGUUAUGAUUUGGAGGUCGCCGUUUUGUUUGUGAGGACAUGGAGGUCAAGAUUUAUAUGUUAUGUUUUGGAGGUCGCCGUUUUGUUUGUGAGGACAUGGAGGUCAAGAUUUAUAUGUUAUGAUUUGGAGGUCGCCGUUUUGUUUGUGAGGACAUGGAGGUCAAGAUUUAUAUGUUAUGUUUUGGAGGUCGCCGUUUUGUUUGUGAGGACAUGGAGGUCAAGAUUUAUAUGUUAUGAUUUGGAGGUCGCCGUUUUGUUUGUGAGGACAUGGAGGUCAAGAUUUAUAUGUUAUGAUUUGGAGGUCGCCGUUUUGAUUGUGAGGACAUGGAGGUCAAGAUUUAUAUGUUAUGAUUUGGAGGUCGCCGUUUUGUUUGUGAGGACAUGGAGGUCAAGAUUUAUAUGUUAUGAUUUGGAGGUCGCCGUU